UGAAAUUGAUAUCAUGCGAAUGCGCCUUAAUGAGCGAAGUCGUUUGUCAUAUAUGGAUGAAGGUGUAGAUUUGAGAAUCUUUAUUUAACAAUGUUAUAUUGACACAUAUAUCUUAUUGAAGGAUUAUCAAAGAAAAGAAAAGAAAAGAAAAAAAAAAAGCGUGUUUGAGUUUAAAUUUGAUCAAUAUAUAAAAGGGGGCAAAAAAUGGCAAGGGUACCGGAUCAAGAAUUAAAAAAGGCAUUUUCGGAAUUGCAUGAGAAAAUGGUUGAUACCACACAAAAAUUAAAGCUGGCUGAUGUACAAAUAGAAAAAUUAAAACGUACGAAACAACGUGCACAGCUUACCGUCAAAGAGAUAACCUCAUUGCCACCGGAUACAAGAACUUACGAAUCCAUUGGUCGAAUGUUUUUAUUUGAUGAUAUUGAAAAUAUAAAAGUUGGUUUGGAAAAUAGAAUGAAAGCAGUGGACGAGAAGGUACAAACCUUAGAAAAUAAUAAAACUUAUUUGCAAAAGAGCUUGAAAGAGAGUGAAAAUAAUUUGAGAGAGAUGAUACAACAAAGACAAAGUAAGGAUGCAUCUGGCUGAACAUUGUUUCAAUAUUAUUCGAUUAUAUUUCAACAGAUACGAUAUAUUUCAUUAAAGAUAAUAAUCAUUUCGACGUUUAUCAUUACGUUAAUAUUUCACUCAUCAAUUGUCUUUAUUUAAUUGUAACAUUUUCUAAACGCUAUUAAAGAUAUAAAGUUGACGUAUGUA